AGAUGAUACUCCGCACGUCCCCAAUGAGAAACUUGGAGAAGAAAAAGUUCUGCACAUAAUAGAAAAUCUGACUUCUCUGAUAAAAGAGACAUUUCCAGAUACUAAAGUCUACACAGCGAUGGGCAAUCAUGAUUUCCACCCCAAUGAGCACAGGAUCUACAACCUAACAGCUGAACUGUGGCGUCCCUGGCUGAAUGAUGCUUCUCUUCCUCUUUUCAGAGCAGGAGCUUUCUACAGUGAGAAGCUGCCCAGCCCAGGGACAAGGGGGCGAAUGGUUGUCCUCAAUACCAAUCUGUACUAUGACCAGAAUGACGAGACAGCUGGUGAGGAAGAUCCUGGAGGGCAGUUCCAGUGGCUGGAAGAAAUACUGACCAAUGCCUCUAGAGCAGAUGAAAUGGUCUACAUCGUGGGGCACGUCCCUCCUGGCUUCUUUGAGAAGAAACGAGGCAAGCCCUGGUUCCGGAGUGGCUUUAAUGAACGAUACUUGAACAUUGUGCAGAAGCACCACAGAGUGAUUGCUGCCCAGUUUUUUGGGCACCAUCACACGGACAGCUUUCGGAUGUUUUACAGUGAUACAGGUUCUCCAAUCAGUGUCAUGUUCUUGGGCCCUGGAGUGACUCCCUGGAAAACAACAUUACCUGGAGUGAACAAUGGAGCCAACAAUCCUGGGAUUCGGGUGAUCGACUAUGAUCCAGACACCCUUCAAGUGUUGGAUAUGGUGACUUACUACUUGAACCUAACUCAUGCCAACAUGAUGGCCGCAACAUGGGAGGAAGAGUUCCCAACAUGGGAGGAAGAGUAUAGGCUGACAGAAGCCUUCCAAGUCCCUGAUGGCUCUGCGUGCUCCAUGCAAACGGUGCUGGAGAAGAUAUCGAAGGAUCCACACUACCUGCAGCAAUACUACGAGUUUAACUCUGUCAGAUAUGACCUCACUCCAUGCGAGGAGGCCUGCCGCAUUGACCAUGUUUGUGCCAUCAGGGAAGUUGAUUUUACAAAAUACAAUGAGUGUCUUAAAACCAGCAGCUCUGCCUCGGCAGUCAUCAGCGUUUGGCUUUUAUUUUUCUGCUUGCUCUCAGGAUUUCUCAGUCCCCAGCAAGCACUCCAAUGA